AUGACGCUCUCGGCCGAACAGCUUCACGUUUUGGAGAUUGUCGAGAGGUGCUGCUCGGGCCUCUCCAUCCUCGGCAUACUGAUCAUCAUAAUCACAUUCUUCUCGUCAAAAUACUUCCGGAACCCCAUCGACCGCCUCAUCCUAAUCAAUGCAGUUUACAACAUCUUCGACGUCGCCGCAACCAUGAUCUCGCUUAGUGGACCUAGUGCAGGGGACCAUUCAGCCUUAUGCAGGUUCCAGGGGUUCUUGAUGCAAAUGUUUCCACUAGCAGAUGUACUUUGGACGCUUGCAAUGGCUUGUGACGUCUUCUUGAUUGUGUUUUACCAGUACGAUCCCAAGGCUCUGCGGAAGCUCGAGCUCAAGUACAUUGGUGGAAUCACCAUCAUUACAUUCAUCCCGGCCUUUGUGUUUCUAUUCGUCCACACUGCAGAAAAGGGCCACAUGCUCGCUAUAUUUAUCGCCACGUUACUCUACUGCCUUGUCGGCUGGAAGAUAGUCAGCGGAAAGCGCGCGCUCAGGUCCAUCGAAGUCGAUCUUGUGCCCCUGGAUACUCGCCUUGCCGAAAAGAUUUACAAGAAUGGCCAUGACAGUGGCCACGAGCUGUUAAGCCUUGGGCCUGACCGCAUUUCAAGAUCACGCGACGGAUCUGAAUCGACGUAUCAAUUGCGUCCGCCCGAAAACUUCACUCCAAGCCGCAAUUGGCAAGGCAGCCAGUCUGCUCUCUCGUUGAGGCAGUACAUCCUUAUGCCUGGGCUUUUCCUUGUCGUAUUGCUGGCUAUCUGGGUGGCCCCGACAACAAACCGAAUUGCGUCUUUCGUCAGACCGGAUUACGUAUCUUUUCCGCUUUAUAUCGCUGUUGGAGCUACGGGCUCACUCCGUGGCUUCUGGAAUGGCGUUGUCUUCUUAGCCGUGGGUAUGAGGUCACGGCAGAGCCAGAAGAACAUUGAAGAGAAGAUGCACCCGACCCGCCUGGUGUUCUAA